UUUGUCCUCCAAACCGCUUGGUGGUAGCCGCGACACAUCCGGCAAAGAACCGUGAUAAAGAAGACUUUUUAAGUUGUCAGUUGGCGUUUUGGCAUUGAAUGGGGACGAAGCGAUGUGGAUACUAUAUUAAGGUUAUAAGUAGCUACUAGGUAUGAACAGGAAACGGGCUCUGAUUUCAGAAACUUUCAAGGUGAAGAAAAGAAGAAAUGGCACACAGAAGUUUGGAGCUGUCAGUGAUGGGGAUGGACCGACUGACAUCAGAUCCACCCUUGAGUACCUCAUGACACUGUUCCCCAGGAAGAUUUUCAAUGACGCCUUGCCUCAAAUUGUUCUUAAGCACCAACUCUACAGCAUUGAAAAUGACAAGACUUUGGUGGACAAGGAGCUGAAUAAACUGCGGCAACAAGGAGAACUGCUGAUGUUCCAGCUCGGGUUUGAUGCAGACACGUUUGGGCUGGUUUUUGCUUCUGAUUACAAGGCCAAAGUGUUGGCAGGAGAGGAUGGCAGAGUUACACGAGCGACGGUGGAAAGGUUUUUGGAGAAAUUACUGUCUCCUUGCACAGAACUGAGCUUCAGCAAAGACAAGAUGCUAAGGGAGUUCCUCUUCACAGACUCUGAGAUAACGCAGCUGGUUAAGUCAGGGGUCCUGACUGUGAGGGACGCAGGCAGCUGGUGGCUUGCCAUUCCCAACUCUGGCAAAUUCACUAAGUACUUUAUACAAGGUCGUAAAGCAGUGCUCGGCAUGGUGAAGAAGUCUAAAUAUAGUGAAGUCUUAAAGGCGGAGCUAGAGGAGCGGAAAACAACCUCUCAUGUGAAAUUCCACAUGAAAUAUCACAUCCAUGAUAUUGUUGGUGCAGAGCUGGUCGAGAGCAUACCCACAACUUCAGGGACAUUGUUGCGAUUUGUUGAUUCCUGAACCACAGCAACAUGACUGAAAUUGGUGCUCGGUUGAAGUCAAUGACUGACUGAAGAUCAGAAGAUUUACAAAGAUUGUGAAAAGUGUUUGUAUGAGGGCUGAUGGCAAUUUAAUUUAAGGUUUCAGAGUUUGAUUCUGUGCCAAACGCUUUAUAAAAACCUUGUGGGUUUAUGAAUUGUCAAUUAUGUUGACAUGACCUUGUGAGGUUUUGAUUUAUCUUGUAAUAAAACGUAUUUUCUUUCCCUCA